CUGUGGAAUGGCUGUCUGCGGUGUGUUUAUGUUUUUAUUCGCUUGUAAACAGAAAAUGUUGUGAAGUGUGGAAGUUGACAUGGAUGAAGUAGAGAAGUUGGAGCACCUUUCUCUGGUGUCGAAAAUUUGUACGGAAUUAGAAAACCAUUUGGGCUUGAAUGACAAAGAUUUAGCCGAAUUCAUAAUAGCCUUGUCUGAACAAAACUCGACCUUUGAGGCUUUCAAGAAAGUACUGAUCGAGAAUGGAGCAGAAUUCUCUGAUUCUUUUAUUGCAAACCUCCUACGCAUUAUUCAGCACAUGAAACCAAAGCGCAAUGAGAAACAAACGGAUCCUGUGAAAAGUGACAAAGAUAAAUUGGCAGAAAAAUUUCCUGGUCUCGCAAUACCUAAUGAUGUUAAGUUCCUGGACACAGAUUCACUGCCAAAAGCCAAAAAAGAAAAAAAGAAGAAAACGAAAAAAUCGUCUGCAGAUGACAUAGUAAAUCAUGCUAUGGCCGAACUGGAAGCACUUGCACCAUCUAAUAUCGGAUCACGGAAGGUGAAACAAGAAGUCAUGUCAGAAAGUCCGAGCGGAACAGAUGAAGAAAAUGAAAUAGAUGCCAAAAAAGUUACUGUACCUGAUCAGUUGUUGGCUAAAGUAUCAAAAACAGAUGGCACUGAUGAAAAUGUGGACACUGAGGUAAAAAAGGAAAAAAGAAGCCCAGAUAGAGAAAAGGAUAGAAGCAGAAGGAGUUCUAGUAAGGGAAAGUCAAGAUCAAGAAGAAGCAAAAGUCGUGACAGGAGAGAAAGAGGAAGAAGGAACAGAAGAAGUAGAGACAGAUCACGUGAUAGACGAAGCAGAAGUAGAGACAGAUUGCGUGAUAGACGAAGCAGAAGCAGAGAAAGGUCGUUUGACAGACGAAGCGAAAGCAGAGACAAAUCCAGGAGGCACAGCCGUGAAAGGCACACUGACCGAAGUGACAGAAACAGACAGAGGAAACGAAGCAAUAGUAGAAGUAGAAAAGAAAAAAAUAGAAACAGAAGCUCUAGCCCUGCUGAAAUAAAGAAGAGACGGCGUUCAGGAAGUAGAGAAUGGGAGAAAAAGUUCUCUGAAACCCAAGGAGAAUCAUGUGCUCCUACAGAACCAGAAAUAGGCAAGAUUUAUUCAGGAAAAGUUGCAAACAUUGUUCCCUUCGGUUGCUUUGUGCAACUAGAAGGGCUUCGACGGCGUUGGGAAGGUCUUGUUCAUAUAUCCCAACUACGACGUGAAGGGAGAGUAACGAAUGUUUCUGAUGUUGUCACCAGAGGGCAAAAGGUCAAGGUCAAGGUACUUUCAUGCACUGGUCAGAAAGUUUCAUUGUCAAUGAAAGACGUAGAUCAAGAAACAGGAGAAGACCUGAAUCCUACGGGUAACAAUCUGCUUCUUAAUAAGGACAGGGAUGAAGAACAGGCUCAUCGUAAUCCUGAUAGGCCCACAUCAUUGUUGGAGCUGCAAGGUUCAUUAGCUGAAGAAGAUGAAACUAACAGCCGCAAACGUGUGCACCGUAUUUCAUCUCCAGAAAAAUGGGAGAUUAAACAGAUGCUGUCUGCAGCGUGCAUUGACAAAUCUGAACUGCCUGAUUUUGAUGAUGAAACUGGCCUCCUGCCAAAGGAGGAAGAUGAAGAAGAAGACAUUGAGAUAGAAAUGGUGGAGGAUGAACCACCAUUCCUGCAGGGACAUGGUCGUAUGCUACAUGAUUUGAGUCCUGUUAGGAUUGUGAAAAAUCCUGAUGGGUCACUUGCACAGGCAGCUAUGAUGCAGAGUGCGCUUGCAAAAGAAAGAAGGGAACUUAAAAUGCUUCAGCGAGAACAAGAAAUGGACUCUAUACCAACUGGCUUGAACAAGAAUUGGAUAGAUCCCCUUCCAGAAGCUGAUGGCAGGAGUUUAGCAGCAAAUAUGCGUGGAAUUGGUUUAACUAACCAAGAUCUACCUGAAUGGAAAAAGCAUGUCAUUGGUGGGAAGAAAAGCUCUUUUGGCAGAAAAACUGAUAUGACACUUCUUGAACAGAGGCAGAGUUUACCUAUAUACAAACUGAAGGAUGAACUUACAAAGGCUGUGACAGAAAACCAAAUUCUUAUUGUAAUAGGUGAGACUGGAUCAGGAAAAACAACCCAGAUUACCCAGUAUUUAGCCGAAGCUGGUUUCACAAGCAGAGGAAAAAUUGGCUGUACACAGCCCAGGAGAGUCGCUGCUAUGUCUGUUGCAAAGAGAGUUGCUGAAGAAUUUGGAUGUCGACUUGGUCAGGAGGUGGGUUACACCAUCAGAUUUGAAGACUGUACCAGUCCUGAAACUGUAAUCAAAUACAUGACAGAUGGUAUGCUGCUGAGGGAAUGUCUUGUUGAUUUGGAUCUCAAAUACUAUUCUGUGAUAAUGUUGGAUGAGGCUCAUGAGAGGACAAUUCAUACAGAUGUAUUGUUUGGUCUGCUUAAGCAAGCCGUGAGGAAAAGGCCUGAACUUAAAUUGAUUGUGACCUCAGCUACACUGGAUGCUGUCAAAUUUUCCCAGUAUUUUUUUGAAGCACCAAUUUUUACAAUUCCUGGAAGAACUUUUCCAGUUGAAGUUCUUUACACAAAAGAACCAGAAACUGACUACUUAGAUGCUUCACUCAUCACUGUAAUGCAGAUACAUUUGAGGGAGCCACCAGGUGAUAUACUACUAUUUUUAACUGGUCAGGAAGAAAUUGAUACAGCUUGUGAGAUUCUGUAUGAAAGAAUGAAAUCAUUGGGGCCUGAUGUACCAGAACUUAUCAUUUUACCAGUGUAUUCUGCUCUUCCAAGUGAAAUGCAGACUAGGAUCUUUGAGCCAGCACCACCAGGAUCACGAAAGGUUGUUAUAGCCACAAACAUCGCAGAAACAUCUUUGACAAUUGAUGGCAUUUAUUAUGUAGUUGAUCCAGGAUUUGUGAAGCAGAAAGUGUACAACUCAAAAACUGGUAUGGAUUCCCUUGUUGUUACACCAAUCUCUCAGGCACAGGCCAAGCAGAGGGCAGGCCGUGCUGGCCGAACAGGUCCAGGAAAAUGUUACAGACUGUACACAGAACGUGCAUACCGAGAUGAAAUGUUGCCUACUCCGGUGCCAGAAAUACAGCGAACCAACCUUGCCACAACAGUGCUUCAGCUGAAGACAAUGGGCAUUAAUGACCUGCUACAUUUUGAUUUCAUGGAUGCUCCUCCUGUUGAAAGUCUUAUCAUGGCUCUUGAACAGCUGCACUCAUUAAGUGCUCUUGAUAAUGAAGGUCUUCUGACUAGACUUGGACGAAGGAUGGCUGAGUUUCCUCUUGAUCCCAAUCUUUCUAAGAUGCUAAUUAUGUCAGUUCACCUUAACUGCUCAGAUGAAGUGCUCACAAUAGUAUCAAUGCUUUCUGUGCAGAAUGUUUUUUACAGGCCAAAGGAUAAGCAAGCCUUAGCUGAUCAGAAGAAGGCCAAGUUUAACCAGCCUGAGGGAGACCACCUGACGCUUUUAUCAGUUUACAAUUCGUGGAAAAAUAAUAAGUUCUCCAAUGCUUGGUGCUAUGAGAACUUUGUCCAAAUAAGAACAUUGAAACGUGCUCAGGAUGUACGGAAACAACUUUUAGGAAUUAUGGAUAGGCAUAAGUUGGAUGUAGUCUCUGCUGGGAAAAACACAGUACGUGUGCAGAAAGCAGUAUGUUCAGGAUUCUUUCGAAAUGCAGCCAAGAAAGAUCCUCAAGAAGGAUACCGAACUUUAGUGGACAGUCAAGUGGUUUACAUCCACCCAUCAAGUGCACUUUUUAACAGACAACCAGAAUGGGUUAUCUAUCAUGAGCUUGUGCAGACAACCAAAGAGUACAUGCGUGAAGUCACAACCAUAGAUCCAAAGUGGUUGGUUGAAUUUGCUCCGGCAUUUUUUAAGUUUUCUGAUCCAACGAAGCUGAGUAAAUUCAAGAAGAACCAACGUCUUGAACCUCUAUAUAAUAAAUAUGAAGAACCAAAUGCUUGGAGAAUUUCAAGAGUCCGUAGAAGGAGAAACUGAAAUAUGUUCACUCUAUUCAUCUUAAGUUAUAAAGUGUGUAUAUAUUGUACAUAAUAGACUUCUUAUGCUGAAGACUGCAUAAUAAUGUACAUAUUUUGAAAUAAUUAUACUAUCUACUAUGAA